CUCUCUCUUUCUCUUAAUUUGUAGAAUCACCAUGAAGGUAAAGGAACUACAUAAGACAGUGAAUAUGGCAUGGUCACCGCCGUCGCAAUAUCCAAUUUUGCUGGCAGCAGGGACUGCCGCUCAGCAAUUGGAUGCUAGUUUUAGUACCAAUGCUAGUUUGGACUUGUAUUUACUUAAUUUACAGCAGUCGGGCUAUGAGAUGCAACUCAGCCACAGUGUAAUGAGCGAUCAAAGAUUUCAUAAAAUAAUUUGGGGAUCUUAUGGCAAUAAUCCAGCUGGUAUUAUCGUGGGAGGCUGCGAUUAUGGAAAGAUAAAAAUUUACUCGGCAGCGAAAAUGCUGGCUAAUGAUAGCAAUUCUUUAAUUAGCAGUUUGGAUAGACACGAAGGACCAGUUAAAGCAAUGGAUUUUAAUCCAUUUAAGCCUAAUUUAUUAGCAACUGCUGCGACGCAAAGUGAAAUUUACAUUUGGGAUUUAAAUAUGAAUAAACCAGCUGUUCCUGGUUCAAAAAGUGUACCGGACGAAGACGUGCAGCAUAUAGAAUGGAAUAAACAAGUGGAAGUUAUUCUGGCGUCGACCUUUUCGCAACGCUGUGUUAUCUGGGAUCUUAGAAAAAACGAAGCAAUAAUAAAACUGACCGGUGCUAAUUCAAGGGUGAGAUGGAAGUGUGUGCAAUGGCAUCCGGAUGUAGCUACGCAAUUGUGCUUAGCCUCGGAAGAUGAUCAAGCUCCAAUUAUAGAAUUAUGGGAUUUGAGAUUUGCUACAUCCCCUUUAAAAACCUUGCACAAUCAUCAACGAGGAGUGCUUUCUAUAGCCUGGAAUGCGCAUGAUUCCGAUCUCCUGCUAAGCUGUGCAAAAGACAAUAGAAUACUUUGCUGGAAUCCAAAUUCAGAAGCGCCGAAUGGCGAAGUUGUUUGCGAGUUGGCUCAAACAAAUCAGUGGAACUUUGACGUUUCAUGGUGUCCUCGUCAUCCGGGUUUAAUUGCAGGAACUAGCUUUGAUGGAUUAGCUACCGUUUAUUCACUAUUGGGUGGACAUAAUCAAGAGUCUGUGGAAACCUCCAAUAAAAUCGUCGACUCCUUUCCUGGUAUGGAUCCAUUCACACAACCCCCACCAUCUGCUCAAACGGAAGCUACAGCCAUACUUAAAAAAGCACCAAAAUGGUUAAAAAGGCCAUUUGGCGCUUCAUUUAGCUUUGGUGGAAAAUUAACUAUAUUUGAGAACGAACCAAUUGAUACCAACAUGCCCGUGAAUUCGAAUAGAAAAGUCUUUAUAUCACAAGUGAUUUUGAAUCCUGAACUUAUUCAGCGUUCGAAUGAAUUGGAAGCUGCUCUAAAUUCGGGGCAAUUUAGUGACUUCUGCAAGGGAAAAGUAGAUAAUACCGUAGAUGAACAUAAGAAGAAAGUUUGGAGUUGUAUAGGUGCCUAUUUUGGUGAAAAUGUGACACAAGACUUAUUAGGACUCUUAGGUUAUAACGUAGACGAAAUAAAUAAUAAAUUAAAUAAGUAUCUGCCUCCCGACGAGGUGAAUACCAUUGCCGAAGGAAUGUCUAAAUUAAAUAAACAAAUUAUGAAUGGUAAUACGCUCGAUGGAAGUUUAGCAUUUGAUGCCAUUGCUGAACAGGAACAAAGUAAAUUAGCAAUAGCAAAGAGUAAAGCUUCGAAUAAAUCAGUAGAUACUAGUUUUAGAAUAUAUACAUCGGAUGACGAUAAUGGUUUAAUCACACAAGCGAUUCUUUUGGGAAAUAUUGAAGCUGCUGUAGCCUUAUGUUUUGAAAAUAAAAGAUAUGCAGAUGCGGUCAUUCUUUCCAUGACUGGCGGUCCGGAUCUGUUAGCUCAAACGCAGUACAGAUAUUUCACCGAGCAUACAGGAGCUUUAAAUUCUCUUAUUAAUUCAUUAGUAAGUGAAAAUUGGGCGGAUGUUGUUAAAAACUGCGACAUAAAUUGUUGGAAGGAAGCUAUUGUUGGUGUGUUCACUCAUACUAGUCCCGAGGAGCGCAGCGUACUGUGCGAUAUUUUGGGUGACCGGCUGGCGGCCUCGGAGAACGCAAAUCACCGCAAGGAUGCGCAAAUCUGCUACAUUUGCUCGGGCAAUCUCAACAAGACAAUCGAGUCGACGGAGUCUGACAUUCAGGAAGCCGUGGAGCUCGUAAGCAUAAUGCAAAGAGCUCUUGAAUUCCAUUCUAUGCGUAAAAUCAAUAUCGAAGGCAACAUCGCCGGCAUCCUCACGCGCUAUGCGGAGAUGCUCGCAGCCGAGGGUGACCUCGACUCCGCCCUCAGCUACCUUGGCGACAGUCAGGAGCAGACGAUCGUGGUGCUACGAGAUCGGCUCUACAAAGCCCUCGGACAUAUUCGUGCCGGACCUCAGAGUUCAAACGUGCCUGGAAUGGUUCCCACGAAUAUGUACGCGGCCAAUGAGCCGAGGAAGUCGCUUCCCGGCGCCCCAACAAACUUGCCAAUGUCGGUGCCAGCCCAGCAGGGAUCCACGUGGAAUGUUGCGCCGACGAAGCAGAGCCCCUACGGGGCCGUCCCGGUCCAAUCUUACGGGGGUGGAGCAGUCACGAGUCAGUCGUACGCGGGCAUCGGUACGGCGCCGGUGACUCAGUUUAUACCUGCGGCUCCGGGCCCGGAUCCCUACAGUCAAACGACAAUGACCCCGGCCGUACCUCCGCCCCCGCCUACGGCGAGCCAAGGCUCGAAUUUAAGUAGCUCGAGGCCGCCGAGUGUCGGCCCGCACUCGCGAUCCAAGUACAUUCUUGAUCCCUCGGUAAAAUCGGGCCCGACCUACGGCUCAUCGGGAUUCCCACAGCCCCAGCAAAUACUUUCCGGUGUCCAGCAAUACCAUCACCACCACCAACACCAACACCAACACCAACACCAACACCAACAACAACAGCAGCAACAGCAACAGCAUCAGCAACAACAGCAGCAGCCGCCGCCACCUCCUCUAACGCAGCAGCAACAACAGCCACCACCACAACUACCACAGCAACCGCAACAAGCUUUCUCGGUGCCUGGUAGCUUUCCCAUGCAAACUGCCUACUCGAUGCAACAGUCGCAACCGAUGGGCAAUUUCGGAAGUUACGGCAAAACCGAUGCCCAAAGUAAUAUGUAUGGGGAGCUCGAACUCCAGCAGCAGCAGCAGCAGCAGCAGCAGCAGCAGCAGCAGCAGCAGCAUCAUCAUCAAAGAUUAUCUCAGCCGAAUGUUUACGAUCCGAAUGUGUCGGCACAAUCCCUCAGCUACUCCAAUGAAACAGCUUAUCAGCCCUUAUCGCAGUCGUCUGGAUGGAAUGACCCGCCGAUCGCUAAAGGAAACUCUUCACAGCCGAAGUCGGAAUUCCAGCGCCAAGAUCCAAUUCUGCAACCAUUAAGAGGUGCACCAACAUCGGAAUCUAACAUAUAUCAACAAAAUCCUGGAUAUCAACAUCAACAAAAUUAUCAAGAUCCGCAAGCUAUGUACAAUCAAUACAAUCGUAACGUUCCUGCCCAAGGAAUUCAGCAAUAUAAUAGGCCCUCGGAGCCUCUGCAACCUGUGCAACCUGUGCAGCCUGCCCAAAUAAUCAGAGCUCCAGAGCCUGAAAAGCCGAAAGCACCGAUUCCACAGGAGAAUUUGCAACUUCAAGUUACAUUCAAUGAAUUGAAAGACCAGUGUUUUGAAAAUGCGAAAAAUCCGCAAGUCAAGAGGAAAAUCGAUGAUGUUUCGAAAAAAUUAGAAGUUUUCUACGAUUGUUUGAGAGAGCAAAAAAUUUCGCAAAAUACGUUGCAAGGUCUACAUCAAAUUUGCAAUUUGGUUCAAAGCGGAGAUUAUGCAGGAGGAUUAUCGGUACACACGCAAUUGGUUUCUGGACCGGAUUUUAGCCAAAUCGCUUCAUUUAUGCCAGGAAUUAAAGUAUUAAUACAGUGUGCCCUUCAAUUGGGCGUUUAUAUAAGAUAAAUCGAUAGCUUUAAAAUUUAUACCAAUAAUAAUGAAUACUGAUAUCCUUCAGCUUCACUUUGUAUUAAUAAUUUUGCUAAUGAGAAAAGUUAUAUUCUGAUAGAUCAAAUAGUGUGAUUUUCGCAAAUUUAUCGAUUAUAUUAAUAACUUUUUAUCAGUAACAAGAGUAAUGAAACAGCGUUAAAACAUAAAAAAGCACUGUAAACUUUAAUACUAUAGGUAUUGAAAGUAAAAAGAAUUUUGUAAAUAGAAAAUAUCAAAUA